GAGUUUGAUUCAGUUUGAUACCCGCAAGAGAGUAUGCAUAAAUCUGAUAAAAUAAGCCAAAAUAAAUAAUGUUCUGUAAACCACAUUUGCAGGAAGAAAGAGAGAGAAAUAUUUUGACCCUUUUCUCUCUUCCUCUCUCUCUCUCUCACAAAAUACAACUGAGUUUCUGACACAAAAUUGAAGUCUUGGACACAUAAUCUUGUUUUAUGAACUCUGUUUUGAAGUGAAAGCACUGUCUCAACUGAAAGAGGCUCUCUCUCUCUCUAUCUAUAUUCUCACUCCCUUGAUUUUUGGCCCUUUGCCAAUUGCCAGUUUGCCACCCAGCUUCACUUCUCACUAGUCACUUCACAAUUCAUGUUUUGCGUGGAGAGACUUUCUCUUUCUCCGUUUUUUAUCUAUCUAUUGCUGAUGGUACUCCACAUCACGCACUCCAUUGUUACAGUGACUGCACAGUAGCAUCUCUGAAAAACCUUCAUUAUCUCUCUCCUUUCAUGAAUUCUACUUCCGUUGUAGGAAUGUGUUACCCCACUUGGAGCUUAAAUGAUGUUUCAUAAAUCUAACUAGACAAAAACUUCAACCUAUGACCCUAGAAAGGUCACCGCCACCUUUUGCUUUCUUUAUUUUCUCUCUCUUUUGAUGGUAAGAAAGGCAUGAGCCAUUGAAGGAGCAAGUUCUUCUCUCAUGUAUUCAAGCUUCUUCUUGUUGUUUGUUCGAUGAGUUGGGUCUGUUUUGAAUAUAGGUGGGGGGUUGAAUGGGGUGUAUGUUCUCUCAGUUAGCUGCAAAGUUUGCAUUUUUUCCACCGACUCCGCCUACAUACCAGAUCGAGAAGCGUGAGAAUGGGAAGCUGGCGGUGGUUUCUUCUUCUUCUUCAAUGCCUAUUCCUGUUGCUGAUGACUGUUCUUUGGAUAUCUUGUUGAUUGAUACUAAGCGUGGCAACAAGAUUGUAGCUUUCUACUUGAAAAACCCCUAUGCGAGACUCACUCUUCUCUACUCUCAUGGCAAUGCUGCUGACCUUGGGCAGCUCUAUGAUCUCUUUGUCCAGCUCAAAGUUAAUCUGAGAGUCAAUCUGAUAGGAUACGAUUAUUCUGGCUAUGGAGCCUCUACUGGCAAGCCGAGUGAAUCAAAUACAUAUGCAGAUAUAGAGGCUGUUUAUCAGUGUCUUCAGACCGAGUAUGGGGUAAGCCAGGAGGACUUAAUUUUGUAUGGGCAGUCAGUUGGCAGUGGACCGACACUGCAUCUGGCUUCUAAAUUGCCUAGGCUAAGGGGUGUAGUUCUGCAUAGUGGUAUUCUUUCUGGCCUUCGUGUACUCUGCCAUGUGAAAUUCACAUUUUGCUUUGACAUAUAUACGAAUAUCAACAAAAUUCAGAAGGUGAAGUGCCCUGUGCUUGUAAUACAUGGAACAGAAGAUGAUGUGGUGAACUGGUUACAUGGAAAUAAACUGUGGAAAAUGGCCCGAGAGCCAUUUGAGCCCUUGUGGAUUAAGGGAGGUGGGCAUUGCAACUUGGAGUUAUACCCUGAUUAUAUUAGCCAUCUUUUCAGGUUUAUUCAAGAAAUGGAGAACAUGAACAGCAAAAUCCACCUGAAUAAGAUUCGGCAAACACUCCAAUUACCAACAAGGUCCAAUAAUACCACGUCUGUGUCAACAAACAGGUGCUUUUGGAUAAAAUGCUGGAGACCUAAAUGCCCGGAAUGCCUAAAGCCCAGCUGCUGCAGUAUAAAAUGUUCCUGGAAAAUGAAAUGCCCAUCAUGUUGGAUACCAAGCUGCCUAAAAUGUUGCCAGAUCCCAAAAUGCCCUUCGAGUUGGAUACCAGGCUGCCAAGAAUGUUGCCAGAUCCCGAAAUGCCCUUCAUGUUGGAUACCAAGCUGCCUGGAAUGUUGCCAGAUCCCGAAAUGCCCUUCGUGUUGGAUACCAAGCUGCCUAGAAUGUUGCCAGAUUCCGAAAUGCCCCUCAUGUUGUAUACCAAGCUGUGUAAAACAUUGCCAGAUUCCGAAAUGCCCUUCAUGCUUGAGACCCUCCUGCUCCUGCUGCCGCGUAACGUGUUUUAACUGGCAAUGUUGUGUCGAGCCGAAGCGUCCGAUAAAUGGAAAACAGGAUGGUUAAUGGUGAUAAUGAUGUGCCUGUGCCUGUGCCUGUGCCUGUGCCUGUGCCUGUGCUUGUACAGAUUGCUUAAACUUUCUUCUAACAGCCCUCUAAUCUUGUGCAAUACCGUACAAAACAAGAGGAAUAGAAGUAGCUAUCUGAUAAUUUAAAAAAAAUAUUGGUGGGUUAUGAUUAUAACUGUAAUUUUUAUAUAAUCUCCUUUGGAAAUUAAAUUAUUCUCAUUUCGUGUUUUUCUA